CUUUAAAACCCUAAACCCCAACCUUCUACUCAAUCUCUCUUCUUCUUCCCCACACACACACAUCAGAGGAGCAAAAUCUUCUCUUUCAAGCAGUAGCCAUGGCGAAACGUUUGAUUCCAACACUUAACAGGGUUUUGAUUGAGAAAAUCACAGCUCCUGCUAAAACAAGUGCCGGUAUUCUUCUUCCUGAGAAGUCUGCUAAGCUGAAUUCUGGAAAAGUGGUGGCUGUUGGGCCAGGACUUCAUGACAAGACAGGGAACUUAAUCCCUACUGCUGUCAAGGAAGGUGACACCGUCUUGUUGCCCGAGUACGGUGGUACUCAAGUCAAGUUGGGGGAGAAAGAGUAUCAUUUGUACCGGGAUGAAGACAUUUUGGGGACACUGCACGACUGAGCAUCGAUAACGUUUGAGUUUUCAUUCACAGUGUUGAGGUUUAUUUAAGGGGGUUGGGGAGGUUAAUUUCAAGAAUGUUUUUGGUUUAAGCACUCGAAUCGUUGGUUGAAUAACUGUUCUUUUAGUAUUGUGCAAUUGAGGAGACUGUGGCUAACACAUUAUGUUUUAUGGCAAAUGCCAAUGGUGUUCAAUUAAAAAAUGAUGACACUAUUUUCUACC